UGCUGCUUUCAAAACAGGAAGUACAAAGGUGCAACUGCAACCAUUUUAUUUUUAUUUUCUGUUUGGCUCGUUAACAAAAUCUGGUGUUAUGAAAGCUGUUAUUCAACGGGUCACCCAAGCUAGUGUUAGUGCAGAGGGAGGAAAAUCUGGAAAAAUUGUAGAAAAGCCCUCAAAUCACAGGAGAGAACCAGCAAACAACUCUACUCACAUGUCUCGGAAUUGAUACCAGUUCACCUUGGUGAGAGGCAGGCAAAACUUUCACCAAUAUGCCACCAAUGCUUCAGUUGAUGGAGAGAUCAUAAGCUCAAUUGGCCGAGGUCUGUGUGUUCUUCUGGGAAUAUCAAGAAAUGACACUCCAAAAGAAAUGGAAUAUAUAGUUAGAAAAAUUCUAAACCUUAGACUUUUUGAUGACAAUGGUCAAAGGUGGAAGAAAAGUGUCAUGGAUAAACAAUAUGAGGUUCUUUGUGUGAGCCAGUUUACAUUAUGCAGUGUACUUAAAGGUAAUAAACCUGAUUUCCAUUGUGCAAUGGGAGGAGAAGAAAGUGAGAAAUUUUACCAAACAUUUUUAGAAAAAAUGAGGACAGCUUACAAGCCAGAAGCCAUCAAAGAUGGAAAAUUUGCUGCUUAUAUGCAAGUACACAUUCAAAAUGAUGGACCAGUCACAAUAAAUCUUGAAUCAACACCUAGUUCCAAUAAUCAACAAGAAAAACAGAAUCCUGGAAAGAAAGUGAAGUCUUCAAGUGAAGAAAAUGGCGAAAGAGAAAAUUCAGUCCAAGAACAAACUGCAUCAAAUUUAACAGAACAAGUAAAAGGCUUAAAACUUGAAAAUAUGGACAGUGCCUCAUAAUCCGUUAUUAGGGUCCGAGUAUUCAUAAUUUACUGGGAAGAGAGG